CACUUCACACACAUUCUCUUGACAAGCCACACCUCGGAGAAUCUCGCCAAAGACAAGUGGAAAAAAAACCCACACAAGUGCGCUCGUCCCAAAAACUCGGACGAAAUGGAUGGAAGCGGCAGGCAACUCUCCAUGACCGGUCAUGCCCCGUCUCUCUCAGUGGGUCUACAAAUGCCGGCAUCGCUUCUCCGUCCUCCGCCCCUGUUUCUCCGGGCGGCCGCGGCUGCAGCCUGCAACCCCUCGCUAGAGAGAGGCUAUCCACGGACUCCCAAGUGCGCCCGGUGUCGAAACCACGGUGUCGUGUCAGCGCUGAAAGGACACAAGCGCUUCUGCCGCUGGAGGGACUGCGUUUGCGCCAAGUGCACGCUCAUCGCGGAGAGACAGCGGGUGAUGGCCGCGCAGGUGGCUCUUCGGCGGCAGCAGGCGCAGGAGGAGAGCGAGGCACGGGAGCUGCAGUUCAUGUACACCGGUCCUGGGGCGACGGAGCCCGGAGUAACUCUCAGCUCAUCAGCCGUUGGUUCGAGUGCUGCAGGCCUGACCUCCGCAAGACCAACCUCAUUUGAUCCCUUUGGAAAUGGGGACCAUAAAGACGACAAGUUGGUGAAAUACAAUGUUUUCAACGGAUUUAUGGCUCGAUCCCUGUUUUCUCCCGGUAACUCUAUGUUGCCCUCUCCCAUCGAGAGGGAAGACACCUGUGGGGGUCGGGAGAAAACGCACCAAGAUCUUGACAAAACCAGUGGCAGUCCCUCGCCUGGGUUCGACCGCAGGUCUGAGCAUUCUGCCAGUCCCCGAUCGCAGUUAUCGUCUGAUCCAGAAUCGGGCAGCGAAUCGGAGAAACCGACUGAGUACAGCUCCUACGACCAAAGCGGGUCAGGUGCCAUGGGGAAAAACAGGGACCCUACCAACGUUAUGAUGAAGAUCUUCCCUCAUCUACAACGGGACACUUUGGAGUCGGCGCUGAAAACCUGCACCGGGGACAUAGUCAGAGCCAUCGAAAUGCUUCUAAACUCGAAGGAGAAUAAAGGUUCUCCAGAUGCCAGUGGACUGCCCAGGCCAGACAAUUCUACCGCCCCGAGGCCAUCCACAAUCCGACCCCUAGGCGCAGCCAUAGGGGGUUUCGGCACCAAAUCAGCUUUCUCCCCUCUCCAGACGUCGGUGGCUAGCGCAGUCGGGAGCGACGGGUUGUAUGGACUAAGCCCGCGCUUUGGCAUUUCCCCACUUCGUUUGGCAUACUCGACCGCUGGAGCAGGAUUACCGAACAUAAUGGCACCUUACAUGACCUCCGGGCUAAUACCAGGGCUCCCGUUUCGACCUCCGCUGGACUAUUCUUUUCCAGGUGUUAUUCGGGACAUCUCCUGCCUUCAAGCCAAAGAUUCAUUUCCAAAUACAAGCAUUUAUUCCCGUCUCAGCAACGAAAAAUAAGAUAGGCUAUAUUAUGUUAUCAACCUAUAUUUUAUAUUUUGUACAAAGAUUUUCCCCUUGCGUUUUUUAUACAUCUUCAUUGGCUCAAUCAAUUAUUAUAACCCAUUGUGCCUCAAUGAAAUCCAGUCUAUAGACUAAUAUUCAACGACUGUAUUUUUUUACGACUUAUUUUACUAUGCCAAUUUGUAUCUAUUGUAUAUAACGUUAUUUUCUCACUCUAAAUAAAUACAAAGGAGAAAACUGUGUUGUUCUGUUAUUCUGGGGUCAAGUGGUGUACUUUAACUCAGGAAACUCAAACAUUGCAACAGACUGAGAGAGAUAGAAAGAGAGAGUGUUUGAGAGGGAUAGGCCUAACACGGAUCACUUUUUCUUUUUGUGUACCUGUGAAAGUCCAAAAUAUGAACUCCUUCCGUUUGAGGGGAAGCUAUUCAAAGAUGUUUGGCAUCAGGUGAAACAUUUCAUGACUAGAGAUGAAAAUAUAGCUGAAUGGCUACAUUAUGGAACUUUAAAGGAUCACUGUAGGCCCUUUGAUAGAAGCUAUAGGCUACAUGGAUUUGUGAACUUGUAUAUUCAGUGUGGGAAUGCACAGUGAAAUGGACCUAUCUCUUCUGUUCUGUCUGUCAGAUUCAGUGUCCUAAUGAUGUUCUUAGCAUACAAACCAUGGAACAACUAUAUUUUGUAAGGCAUUGUCCAGCUGAUCAAACAAUGGUGGUUGUUGAAAGUGCCCUUUAAAAAGGCUACCCUUCCUUCAGUCAAAAUGUAUAUCUUAUUACUGUUAAUACCGAUGUCAUAUGUCAUGUAAAAUUGGAAUAAUUAAUGCACUGCAAAGAAAAAAGGUUUGUACAAAUGUAUCCAAAAUUCAAAAGUGAAACACUUAUAAACACUCAAAUUACCGUGCCACUUAGCUGAUAGAAAAUAUGCUUGCAAUCCUGAUCAGUGAAUUUAACACUUGGGACUUUGAUGAAUAA